GAGUGGUCCACGUACAGCCGUGUGCUAUCUUUGACCAAUGAGAAGCCGACACACUGUGUUUUGGAAAGAACACCGUUAGUCUUUAUAGAGGACAGUGGGGAAGUUAAGUCAGUGUUCUGGAAGUUUGUUGUAUACCGUAUUAAGAAGACAGUAGCUAGAGAUAAACAAUUACGAAAACUACUGGUUAAAAAGAGACGAGAAGCUUAGUGGUAUACGUUAACAGUACAGACUGUUUUGUUAAGGUUGUAUUAAUUAAGCAAACCAAUGGAACCUCUAACGAGUGCUGUUGUAAACGUGGUAUUAGUGAUUAGGGCCCCCAACCAACAAUACCAAGACAGAAUAGUGGAGGCGCCAGAAACGUGGACUGUUUUACAGCUAAAAUCGCACCUGUCCGAAGUAUACCCUGGCAACCCGGCUGUCCAAGACCAAAGAUUGAUAUACUCUGGGAAGCUGCUGCCGGAUGUUCUCCUAUUAAAGGAUGCAUUAAGAAAGGAAGAAGAACGGCAUAUGCUUCACUUGGUCUGUAAGGCUAGGAGCCCAACAAAUUUGCAGAAAGCAAAGGUUGCUGAAACCACAGAGCCUCCAGGUGGAUCCUCUUUAUCUAUGCCUGCUGCUACUUCAGUGGAGGAUGGUGUUCGACACAGAGGGACAUCUCAAACAGCAUUUCCAUCUCCUUUGACAGAUGCUGUUGGACUUGCGUCUGACACUGAACAGUUUACUGCAUUGAAUCCAGCACUUCGUGCCUAUGCCAUGUACAAUCCACAGCAGCUCUUUUGGCUCCAGCAUAUAUAUGCACAGCAGUACUAUGCUAGAUACCAGGCUGCUGUAGCCGCUGCAGCUGCUGCUUCAUCGUCUGCAAAUGUCAGUCAGUUACCAGUGGUCCCACCUGCAGCUCCCCCGGCUUUACCCAAUCAGGUGCCUGCAGUUAACUUGCCUGCCGAUGGUGGAGUUCAGCCUCCAGCUAAUGCACAGGCAAAUCAGAACUUGCGCAUGAAUGCACAGGGUGGUCCAUUGAUGGAGGAGGAGGAAGAUAUGAACAGGGAUUGGCUGGAUUGGAUAUACACAGCAGCACGUUUUUCCAUUUUCCUUAGCAUUCUGUAUUUCUACUCUUCCCUGAGUCGUUUCUUCUUGGUUUCAAGUGCUAUGGUGCUAAUGUACUUGCACCAUGUUGGGUGGUUCCCAUUCAGACGAAGACCUGUUCAACCUGUUCCAGUUUUACCACAGCCUGCUCAAGCCCCACACAAUCCUAAUAUACAGGAUGAACCUGUCAAUGCUGAUCAGGAGAACUCUGAGCAAGUCUUAACAGCUGCUACUGAACCAGAAAGAUAUUCCUUCUUGAGUACAGUCCUAGUUUUCCUCAAAACAUUCUUUGCAUCUUUGAUACCUGAAGGACCACCUGCGCUGGCCAACUAAUCGGUGGAAGCACUUGAUCCAGUUGUGGUAUCUGUCAAAAGGAACAGUUUGCACAGUGUUGUGCUGUGUUGGGCAAGAGGCUUCUGCUAAAUUGCAGCAUACAUCGUUUGUUGUGUUGAGAUGUUGCUUUCCAAAAGCAAAGGAGGGAUAAUGAAGACAUUGGGCUUGUGGCAAUACCCCAUUUAUAAUUGAAAUUUAAUAUAGAGGCAUUUAUAUUGUGUAUAUAGUUUUGUAUAGAAAGUGCAGAUUUGAAGCAGGCAGUUUGGAUCUCCUACCUUUUUUCAGGCUUUACAGUGUUAAAGUAUAUUGUAUAGUUUUGUACAACUGAAUGGAAUAAUCUGUUCUACAUAUGAAAUUCUGGUUCCUGUUGGAAUCUAAUAAAAAUUACACUAAGUGUAACAAACUGAA